AUGCAUACAGUUGCAAUUGGAAGAGAAUGGCCAAAAAAAUAUGAGGGACAUGCAGUAGGAAUUGAUCUUGGCACUACUUAUUCAUGUGUGGCAAUAUGGCAGGAUCAAAAUAACAGAGCUGAAAUCGUACACAACGAACAAGGAAACAGAACAACACCUUCUUCUGUUGCUUUCACGAGUACUCAUAGGCUCAUUGGGGAUGCUGCAAAAAAUCAAGCUGCUUCUAACCCUUCCAACACUGUCUUUGAUGCAAAGAGGUUGAUCGGAAGGAAAUACAGUGAUCCCGUCAUUCAGAAUGACGUGAAGCUGUGGCCAUUCAAUGUGAUUGCUGGCAAAGAUGACAAACCCAUGAUUGUUGUUAAGUACAAGGGUGAGGAAAAGGAACUUGCUGCUGAGGAAAUCUCAGCUAUGAUUCUCUCAAAGAUGCGUGAGAUUGCUGAGGCAUUUUUGGGUUCACCUGUGAAGAAUGCAGUUGUUACUGUGCCUGCUUAUUUCAAUGACUCUCAACGUAAAGCUACCAAAGAUGCUGGUGCCAUUGCUGGCCUCAAUGUUAUGCGGAUAAUCAAUGAACCCACUGCUGCAGCUCUUGCUUAUGGCCUUCAAAAGAAAGGAAGUUUUGUUGUAAAGAGAAAUGUUUUUAUCUUUGAUCUUGGUGGUGGCACUUUUGAUGUGUCUCUUCUCACAAUUAAGAAUGAGACUUUUGAAGUUAAGGCCACCGCAGGAGACACUCAUCUUGGAGGAGAGGACUUUGAUAACCGAAUGGUGAACCAUUUUGUGCAAGAGUUCAGGACAAAGAACAAAGUUGACAUUAGUGGGAACCCAAGAGCCCUGAGGAGGUUGAGAACUGCAUGUGAGAAGGCAAAAAGGACACUUUCAUUUGAUACUGAGACCACGAUUGAUGUAGAUUCUAUAAGUGUUGGUCUUGAUCUAUGUUUCCCACUCUCUCGUGCAAGGUUUGAGGAGCUAAACAUGGACCUAUUUAGAAAGUGCAUGGACACUGUUGAGAAGUGUCUUAAUGAUGCCGAGAUGGACAAGAGUGAGGUACAUGAAGUAGUACUUGUUGGUGGUUCGUCCAGGAUUCCCAAAGUGCAAAAACUAUUGCAAGAUUUCUUUAGUGGGAAGGAUCUUUGCAAAGGUAUAAACCCUGAUGAGGCUGUUGCUUAUGGGGCUGCUGUGCAGGCUGCUAUGUUGGGUGAAGGCAUUAAUCUUCUUCACAAUUUAGUGCUAAUGGAUGUUACCCCGCUUUCACUGGGUAUAUCGACAAAAGGAGAUCUCAUGAGUGUAGUAAUACCUAGGAAUACUACCAUUCCUACUAAGAAGAAAGAAGUAUAUUUAACAGCUGCAGAUUUUCAAUCUGGAGUGUCUAUCAGUGUUUAUGAGGGUGAGAGGACAAGAGCAAGUGAUAAUAACUUGCUGGGUUUGUUUAAUCUUUCAGUUUCUCUUGCUCCUCGAGGUCUUCCACUAAAGGUAAGUUUUUCUAUAGAUGCCAAUAGUAUAUUAAACGUCUCUGCUAAGGAAGAAACAUCAGGGAAUAAGAAAGAUAUUACUAUAAAGAAUGAAAGAGGAAGAUUGUCAGCGGAAGAAAUUGAGAGAAUGAUUGAAGAAGCUGAGACUUACAAGGUUAACGAUAUGAAGUACAUAAAGAAGGUUAAGGCAAUGAAUAAUUUGGAUGAUUACCUUUACUAUAUGAAUAAAGUUAUGAAUGAUAAGUUUUUGAGUUCUGUACUUUCCCCACUAGACAAGAUGAAGAUCAAAGCUGGAAUUAAAAAGGGCCAAAAUUUGAUUGGUGACAAAGAUCAGGUUGAAACAUUUGAGUUUGUGAACUAUUUGAGCCAGCUCGAGAGUGCGUUUGAUUCAAUUCUGGGCAAGAACAAUACUAGUUGGAUCUAUGAUGAAAGUGAUGAGGAUUAUUACUAA